UGAUCCCAUUCACCAGGCUCCCUUGUUUUCAUGAAUGAACGUGAAGGUGCCUCCGAAAACACAAGGAAACACGUCGAGACAAGAGAGACAGUACGCACUUGCUCCCUCGCCUCGUAGGACCGCGUCUCAGUUUUAAAAGGAAUUCCAAGGGUGAACUGCCUUAGGGAGAGCAGGGAGGGAUGGCCGAGGCGACGAGUAAAGAUAAUGUGGCAGCGGAAGAGAAGGAGGAGAGUGAAGCAGAAAAAGAGAGCCCACAACAAACCCCAGUUCCACCCCAGAAGAGAGAUGACGAAGAAGAACUUGAAUGCGCAGUCUGUCUCCAGAAAUGUGUACAUCCCGUGCGCCUGCCUUGUUCGCACAUAUUUUGUUUCCUGUGUGUAAAGGGUGUGGCAAACCAAAGCAAGCGGUGUGCAAUGUGUAGGCAAGAGAUCCCGGCCGAUUUCCUCGACCACCCAACUCUGCUCUCCUCCAUAGAGGCGGAGAAGGAAGAGGUCCUGCCGGGAGGCUACCAGUGGUUUUAUGAAGGACGAAAUGGCUGGUGGCAGUACGACGAGCGCACGAGCCACGAGCUGGAGGCGGCGUACGGCAGCGGCCAGCGCGCGUGCGAGGUCCUGGUGGCGGGCUUCCUCUACAUCAUCGACUUCGACCGCAUGAUCCAGCUGCGGCGCAACGACCCGAGCCGCCGGCGCCGCAUCAAGCGCGACCUGAGCUCCAUCCCGAAGAAGGGCGUGGCCGGGAUCAAGCUGCCGAGCCAGCUGGAGGCGGAGCUGUCGGCGCUGCACUCGGCCGCCGACGCCGCCCCGACGCCCGACCUGGACCACGGCGGCGACGUCGGCGACCACAUCCACUCCUCCAUGAACAACAACGACCUGUGUCCGCCCACGCCCACCGCCCCCAGCAACACGCCGCAGACGCCGCACACGCCCAGCGCCGCCAGCAGCAGCAGCGGCUCGCCGGACACGACGGAGCACGCCCUCGCCUCCGAAGCACACCACCACCACUACCACUACCUGCCUCACCACCACCACCACCUCCACUACCACCAGCUCCACAUCCCGCACCACCUCGUCCACAACCUCAACUCCUACAACGACCACAACAUCCUGGAGCACAGCAUCCACGCCCACCCCCUCCACCACCAGCCCGGCCAGCACCACCACCAUCACCACCACCCUCCGCCGCCGCCCCCGCCGCCCCCGCCCCCGCCCAUCCCCCGGCGCCCCAGCAGCCCCUCCCUCAACCCCAGCCGCCCACGCAGAGCCGGUCGCCGCCCUCGCCGCCCGCGGAGACGCAGCCCGACGCCCCGCAGUCCCCGGUGGGCUCGAGUCCCCCCGCGGCGGCGCCCCUGGGGCUGGACGCCGCGCUCUACCCCAUGGAGCGGCUGUCCCUGGCGACGGAGGCGGCCGAGUUCUACCCGCUGGACUCGACGGAGGACUCGGCCGAGGAGACGGAGCAGUACCACCUCACGCUGUCCUCGGAGGACGAGCAGCUCUGAGGGCGACCUCACCAAAGGACGGACCUGUGAUUUUCAUAAACAUUUUUUUAGUUAUUUGUAUGAGCGACUGAGCGUACAUGUAUAGUAUUUUCUUUUCUUUCUUUUUUUUUUUGCCUGUAAUAAAGUGUGAAUCUGA